AGAUUUCAAAAUUUCUCAAAUAUCAAGACUCCCUUAUUUUCAAUUUUAUUUUUUUGAAAAUUUCCUCACUCUAUCUUCUAUUCUUCUGCAAUUGGAUUCUUGAUCCUCUGUCUGUGUAUAUUCGAGGGCCCUUUUUUAUUUUUUCCCUCUAAUCUGAAAACAUGAAGCCUAACUGGGAGCUGACGAAUUGCUGUCAACAUGAACAAGUCCGAUUUCUAGCUACCAUUGGCAUUUUCACCGUUGUUAUUCUUGCUUUCUGGAGGACAUUUUUGCUGACACCUUUUAAGCUCAUCACUGUGUUUCUUCAUGAAGCAAGCCACGCGAUUGCGUGCAAACUUACUUGUGGCGAGGUCGAGGGCAUUCAAGUUCAUGCUAACGAAGGUGGCAUGACUCAAACACGUGGUGGUGUAUAUUGGUUGAUCUUACCGGCUGGAUACCUUGGAUCAUCGUUUUGGGGUAUGGCUCUCAUACUUGCUUCGACAAAUCUCCUCUCCUCAAGAAUCGCUGCUGGUUGUCUUAUUCUUUCCCUCUUUAUUGUGCUCUUCAUUGCACAAAAUUGGACUCUACGAGGGCUUUGUAUCGGAUUUAUUGUUUUUCUUGCUGUCGUCUGGGUUCUUCAAGAAACAACCAAAGUUCGUAUCCUUCACUACAUUAUUCUCUUCAUUGGUGUUAUGAAUAGCCUGUUUUCCAUCUACGAUAUAUACGAUGAUUUGAUAUCUCGAAGGGUUCACUCAAGUGACGCUGAGAAAUUCGCAGAGCUUUGCCCCUGCUGCACGGGAGUUGGUUGGGGAGUAAUCUGGGGAAUGAUAUCCUUACUGUUUCUCUCUGCAUCGAUAUAUCUUGGACUUGUCAUCUUGUCCUGAGGGUUGAAAAUAGAAGAGUUGGCCUAUUAAGGAGUUGCAACAACAUUAUCCAUACAUAUAUCUCCAUAGCAAUCAAAUUCAUUUAUUUGGCUGCAGGAUCAAAUUUGAUCCUCGAGCUUCGCAUUCUAACAAAAAUUGAAUUGUUUUGGUUCCAAUUCUGUCGAAUGGUUAUAAUUUUAGAAAUCAUUUCCAGAUUGUAAUAUUCAAAUUUUAUAGUAUAUGAUUCAAUGCCAAAGCUGGAUA